AUGUCCUCGGCGCCCGCAACCAAGGCACCGCAUCCUGCAGCCAAGAAGAAGGUCAACAAGAAAAAGAAGUCUGCCAGCAAGAGCAAGGAACCCGAGCCGGCGGGCAACGGCGAAGCGCACCGUCACGGCGAAGAGGCAGACGACUCCGAGCCGCCCACCGAGGCUGACGCAUCCGUCGACGCCAAAUCCUUCCAAAGCCCGGGUAACGGCCAUGCGGUAGAGCCGGACCCGUCCAACGACAGCCACGCGGCGCCUCACCCCGCGGCCGAAUCAACAGACGAGUCAGACCCGACGGCCAAGCUGGAUGCCAUGGGCAAGGAGCGCGAGGCCCUGCGGGCCGAGGUCGAGCAGCUCCGAAAGCAGCUCGAAAGCAUCCAAGAGACGCACCAACAAGAGGUCUCACAGCUAAGGGCCGAUCUCGAGGAGAGCAACAAUGCCCGGGAACACGCCGAAGAGCAGUACCAAAAUAUACUGGGCCGGGUCGAAAAGAUCAAAGAGUCCUUGAGCGACAGGCUGAAACGCGACAAGGCAGAGCUGGAAGAGGCGCGGGAGCGCAUAGAGGAGCUGGAAGCACAGAACGAGGAACUGCAGGGCUCGGCACAGUCGUCGGGCGAGGACGUGGAGAAGCUCAAGGAAGACCUGCAAGAUGCGACGCGAGAGCUAAAUACGCUGCGCAGCCGCAACAAUCUGUCGGCGCAUAACUGGCUCAAGGAAAAGGAAGAGCUGACGAGGACCGUCUACAACCUCAAGGAGGAGAUGGAGACGACAUCCAACGCCAUGGGCGAGUGGGAGGUCCUCGCCAUGGAGGAGCGCUCCGUCAAGGAGAGCCUACUGGACAAGGUCGCCGAGCUCGAGGAGCAAGUGUCGACGUUGAAGCAGGGCUACGAGGGCGCAGCCGCGGAGCGCGACAGCCGGACGACGCUCGCCGAAAACCUGCAAAACGCCCUGCGCGAGAUUCAAGAGGCCCGCAAGCGGGAGCUGCGGGAGAUGGUCGAGACGACGGAGAGGCAGCUGCGGGACCAGAAGCAGCGGGUGCAAGACGCCGAGGAGCGCAGUGCCGAGGCAAACGAGGCCAAGGAGGAGCUGGCCAGGGAACUGGAGCGCACGGCGCCGUUUGAAAAGGAGGUCAAGGAGAAGAACCUGCUGAUUGGCAAGCUCAGGCACGAGGCCAUUGUGCUCAACGACCACCUGACCAAGGCACUGCGCUACCUCAAAAAGACGAAGCCGGAAGACAACGUUGACAGACAAGUCGUCACGAACCAUCUGCUGCACUUCCUGACGCUGGACCGGGGCGACGCCAAGCGGUUCCAGGUCCUUCAGGUCAUGGCCGGCUACCUCAACUGGACCGACGAGCAGCGGGAGCUGGCCGGGCUCGCGCGGCCCGGCGCCUCGAGCGGCAGCCUGCGCCUCCCGCUCUCGCCCUUUCACCGCACCCCGAGCUCGCCGUCGCUCAACGCCGACGUCUUCUCCGAGCCCACGUCGGCCAAGGACAAGGAGUCGCUCGCAGAGCUGUGGGCCAGCUUCCUCGAGCGCAGCGCCAAGGAAGGCGCCGGCGAGGCCUCGGCGCCCCCGUCGUCGAGACAUGACAGCGUCGGCAGCACGGCGACGGGACGGUCCGAGAUGGGCGGCCCGUGA